AUGGUGGCCAAGAAGGAUGUCAACAUGUCAAAGCACCCCAAGCUGGCAGACAAGAAUGCACCCAACCUUCAUGUCAUAAAGGUCUCUCAAGUCACAAGGCUACUGAGGAGUAGUUUGCCUGGAGACAACUUCUACUGGUACCUUACCAACAAGGAGCUAAACAGGAGAGGUUUAAGACUAAGAGGCCAGGUGAGAGCAGGAGGGAAGAGGAAGCGGGAACGAUCUGGGCGGUCGGAAGAGCGAGGCUUCGGGGCCGAGAUCAGGAAGCCGGGCGGCGGCCGGGAGCGAGACCCCGGCCCCUGGCGAGGUCGGCGGGGCUCCUGCCGACUCACCCGCUUGGACCCUUUGUUUUUCUUCCGGGCGGCGGAAGCCCCGCUUGCCCGAGCCGGAGCCCAAGGCGCCCCCCCUUUCUCCGCCUUGCCCUUCAGAGGGCUUCGCUGCCCGGCCACGCCGGGGACGACCCGCCAGGCCGCGGGAGUUCUGGGCGCCGCUCCCCGGGACGCGCCGUCCUGUCUGGGGCCUCGUCUCGGGCGCGGAGGCUUUGCUGCCGCCCCUCCAGGCUCCCCGCCGAGUCACGGGAGCUCACCCAGCGGGGUUUGCUGCGCUCGGGAGCUGGGUCGGCCGUCCCUGCCGUUCUCCGCCGAUGGGUGCCCACCCGGGCCCGCCUCGGGGUUCGCACACCUGCAGCUCUGGCUUACGUGGGACCCAGAGCUGCCCUCCAUUAGGGCGCUUACAGGCUUUGGAGGACACCAUGAAAAUUUGGUUCCCACUGAUGCAAAGGAAAAAAUUUUAAACCCCAAACUGAUCAAUCCUGGACAUUUAAAGGAAUUUCCCCCCUUUUUUAAUUUAAGCAAAGAGGCUUAAAAAAGAAAACAUGGC